AUGAUUGCCCCACCCCUGCCUCAUCCGCUCGCCCCAUCUCACCCUCUCUGCCUCUCACCACACACCCCACAGCCGGACAAGCAAGCACGCACACUCAGACACGCAUUGCUACCCCGUGCACACGUCCGUCGCCACCAGCGCCACCCCCGCCCCCGGGCCAUGACCGUGUUUUGGCCGGAGCAGUGGUGGAAGCGCAAGGACCACCGCAAGAUCCGUGGCGCACGUGGUGCACGCUUCGCCUCGCUGCGCUUCCACGGCGCCUUCAUCCUCAGCGUCGUCGUGCUGGUCGAGUACGUGUUCCGGUCGACGGACAACUUCACGGCGCGGCACUUCGCGGACCCGCCAGUGCUGGCGCCGCCGCCGCUGCCCACGUCGCUGGGGUACUCGAUGACGAGGGAGAUGCCGCACUUGAAGUCGCUUGAGCUGGAGCGCGAGGUGCCAGCGCACCUACCGCGGAGCGGUCCCCUUGAUCUGAAGGGCCUCCGCGGAGAGGGCCGUCUAUCGGGAUGA